AUGCCGCCUCGUGACAUGUAAGUUUAGGGUGGGGGGGAUGGAGAAGGCAUGUCGGAAAAUGCAGAGUUCACUCACCAGAACAGCAGUGCCACCACCUAGGUUGUCACAGUAAAAGUACAUGUCAGUGAUCUAAAGUCGACUGCACAACGCCGACAGUCGGAUCAUCUACACGCAGAUUCAUGCAGCUCAGUGAUGCGUGAUAUUUGUGUUGAGGUCUUAUUAGUCGGCACAUUUGAUGCGCCAGUCUACCUACGUACCCACACCAAUUGUCCUCAGUGUGUUCAAACAUCCUAAGUGUUUUGGGCAUGUUUGAAGAUAGAGUACAUCAUGGCAAAUCCCAUUAUCGACAGAGACACAUCGGUACCGCGGAGGGUGACUGAGAGCUUCAGGCAACGACUUUCUCACCCGUCCAACCUGAGAUCCGGAGUCCCAAUUAAAGAUCAGGGACGAAGGCCUUCGACCGACCAUUUGAAAGUGCCGUAAUCAUAAGUAGGGUUGAGCGCCCAGCUCACUGUGCAUUAGUGAUAUGAGAAGGUUUGGAUGCCUAGAUACAGCGGAUUCAACGGCGGGUUGGGAGGGGUAUACGCGUCAUGACUAAAAGUGUUAGGUCAUAGUGAGGAUGGAUGAGGAUCGUGUAACUGUUGUUUGUGUUCGUAUGCCAUCUUUACCAUUGCAAGAUCACUCAGGGGAAAUGUUGUUUUGUGUCGCCUGACACAGUUCCUGCAGUAUAAUCGAUUUGGUGGGUCGGAGAUGGGCAGGAUUCAAGUGAGAUUCUGGCACCGAAUGCGAGGUGGAAGUAAUCGUAGCCAAAUUUAUGUAUUUUUACACAUAAACACUUAGAGUUGAGCAAAAUUACUCACUUUGGAUGGCAGUGGAUUUGACAGGUGGGUCGGCGUCUUUCUUAACAGUAGUUUCUGCUCACGUUGUAAGAAGAGGAGGGCGCAACGGCAGUCUUUCAUGUUCUGAUUGGUUAAUUCUCGAACAAGGAAAAGGCGACCAUACACGCAGAAUUUGAGGACAUCUUUAAAUUUAUUGACCUCCUGUUCAGUUGCGUAUGGUCCUUGCGCAUUAAUAAGAUCAAAUAAACUGUUCAUUUAGGUAAUGAACGCAACUUCAUUACAUAACCAGGUAAACGCAAAUUUUAUUUACGUGAAGCGCAAUGCCGACACCUAGGUGAUCGAAUUCAAAGUACAUGUAAGUGAUCUAAAGACUUUUGCAUAACCCUUCUAGUCGGAUCAUCUGCAUCCGGCUCUAAGCAGCUUAGUGAGGCGUGAUAUUUGUGCGGGGACCGUACUAGCCAGCAUGCUUGAAGUUCUGAGUGUCAGUUCACCUGCGUUCCCAAGCAUUGGUCCCCAGUACCAUCCUCCAACGUGAUUGUUUACGAGCAUGCCUGGAGAUCGAGUGCAUCAUGGGUGAUGAUAUUGUCGACAGGGGCACAUCCACCACACCGAGACUGCUAUAGUUCGACUUAGAGGAGCUUCAGGCAACAAUUGCCUAACCGAUUUUCCCGUCGGAGAGAAUUCACCCGUCCAGCUCAGUGACUACUAAUCUGCCUGCUUAGCGCGUCGAUGCAGAUUCAAGUUUAUGUAUGUGUUCUGGCGGAGGAUAUUCCAAAGUCGUCCUCAAUCCCUCCUACGCAGAAUUCGGCUGUCCGAACCUAUGAACCAUCUGGUGAUGGGACUGGGGAAAGUAGUCGAUGAGGUAUGAAUCCCUACGACUAGGCAUGCCAUUCCACCCCCUUAGUGUACGGCAGGGUGUCCCCCAAACGGGCCACAUGGUAGAUGUAUUGGACCAACAGGGGGGGCCAUAUUGCGCGCUCUUGGAGUUGCUCACCGUAACAAAUGCUAACUUUUCGGAGUGCAAUGGCGGCCUCCGUUGCCGGCGUACGUCGCGCGCACUGGGGCUCUGUUACCCUCCACUGUUGUUGUGAGUCAAAAACCUGGUUAUUUGCUGUGUGGACCAGGGGGUGUGGAGUGGAACGCCAAGGCGCGGGCUCGACCGUGCCAUCCACCUGCGUCCUCCCCCGCCGUCGGUCAUUUCGACUCUAUCUUGACACCGGGUUCAAGUGAGGGAGGAGGAGAGAGUGCGGUAGCUGCUGUGCAAGUGCACUAUCACUGUAAACUAAAUUUUCGCCCAAGUCACCGUCCCUGCUCUCACUCUACUGUGGAGCACACGGUGGACAUCGUCGGAGGCAACGGCCGAACUUUCGUACAGCAGUGAUUACGGACUGGCGCAGGCUCUUCGCAUCUUAGCUAAUGCUAGCUCUGAGGCAAUCUGAUCUUCCUUUUGGUCGGGCGCAUCUAAAACGCAACGCCCUGUGGCGAUGGAGACUCCUGGUACAAACAUACAUACAGACGCUUACUAAACACACAUUCGAUUGAUCCCUGGGCUCAGUUUGCUCAUGGCGACGUUGGUAGUUGCACAGACUGCCUAUACAGCCUGUGAGAGAAAACAGAGUAUAUAACCCUCUUUUGAAAUGAACGACAUUAUCAGUAAAAAAAUGGCUGCAUCAACAGAUUUGGGUAUUGCUGAUAUCAGCAGAUAAUGCGAGGACGCCGCUUCUUUGAAGGUCGUGUGGACGAGGUCAACAGACGUCGUCAGCAAAAAGCGCAGAGGAAACAAAGGAUAGAAUUCAAUUUCACUUGGUCAAGUAAUUAGUUUCGGUGCGAUAAAGCAGAAGACUAGUCAUGGGCUAGUGGUGGUGGUGACUGCGCAGUUUUUUGAAACCUCAGCAAUAGUCUGUCUUUGUGUCGUCGCUGUCGCCUGAAUGGGCAGAGAGCAGUCUCUCGCGGCGGAUCAGAGGACAGCAUAGGCUAGACUGAGUCCCGCACAAAAUCGUCUUCCGUAGCAUCCCUUUCUGCAGCCAUGGGGACAUGUGUAGGUCAGCAGACAGGGGCUGAUUAUCGGGAAGAGGGAGUUUUUUUAGGGACGAAACAGACCCGGAAGUAAUUAGGAUGGAAAAAACUGCUUAAUGAGAGGGAGAUACUUCAGGCAAAGUUGACGCGUUCAGUGAGAAAGUAGGAAUUUACUAGUAUCAGCAUGACUAGAAACAGCUCAUUGUUUGGUAACUUUCACGAGUAAAUGUGCGAUGAAAAUUCGGAUACACCUUGAGAUAACAAAGGGAUGGGUUGUUAAGUUGAGAGGUGGGCGCAAUUAAAGGACACACAAAAAUCAAUAAAUUUUACAUUCUCCUUGCUCACAAGUAGUAUGGGUUCAUGCUCAUGAAACUUAGGGGCAAAAACCCGUCACACAGUCGGCUUAUGUUCGUGUAUGCGCGAUCCGAGCACGCGCUCACUCUGACCCUCGUAAUAACAAGAACAGUUUGGACACGGAAUGUCUGCCUGAGACUCUGAACAACCGCCUGACUAGUGCCCACGUUCGUGCUAGGGCGGGAUUGAUUGAGUUUGUGCGGCGUCCGUUCUGUCUGACUUCUCGUAUACCUCGCCGUCAGGUGAGUUGAUUGGUAGACCCUCCCCCGGGUUGAGUUUGACACAGUUCUCUUUUAGUCAAUUGCGACCAUCCUAUCCUGGUCUCUAUGCGGUAAUGGCGCAAAGCUGAUAAGUCGUCGACGAUUGAUUGAGUAUAAGCUUGUAAGCAAAGCGCCUAGUGAAAACGGACCGAUAUUAAAGCACUUUAGUCAUCGAAGAUUCAGCUUUCCAUACGUACUUGAAACUUUCUAAAUUUUAACGAUAAAAUUUAGUAAUGUAGCCCCAAAUGAUGGACACAAUACUGUUGGGGUUGGGCUUAGACGGUUAGGGUUAAGGGUUAUGAUUAGGGGUUAGGCGUCAGAGCAACUAUUUCUCAACCACUCAAUGUACAACCACGCAUUCCCAAUAGGUUUUCUUUGGCAUACAACUACCUGACCUCGUCGCACGUGCUUUUCCCGGCCCCACCUGCAAAAACCCCUAUUAUCACCGGCCCCGUAUUACAGGUGGUUGGGGUUUGUUUACUUUAGCUGGGGGUGCAUAACCACAUCUGACCAUUGUAACAUGUAUUUCAAAUUUGGCGUAAUACUAAGUAACUUCAGAGAGCUGUUAGCAUCGGCGUUGACAUGCAUUUUUUUAAGCGUCUGCCAGAACAGCGCUCCCAGUAUUUGCCUUAGUAAAUCAUAGUUAAAACCUGGAAUAGAAUCAGCGAAUUAAUGUUUCGAACCACGAAAAUGAACUAAUCACAAAAACAAAUUCUUACUUUCUCAAGUACCCUCAAAUCCGGCAAAUACAGAAUACAGCAAAAACCGCAUGCCUUAGAGGGCAGAAAAUGGCUGAAAUUAUGUCCGUUUAGAGACUGGCUUAACCUCACGUGAAAUAAGUUUUAAUUUAUGAUGUUGCUAUUAUAAUGGGAUUUCGAGAGACAAUAAGGUUCUCUUCCUCACAGUGGGCCGAAACAGAGGCGAAAUUCUAGACCACCCUGUAGGCGAUGAAGACACAAACAGAGCUCGAUGUGAUUUGCUUUGACGGGGAAUUCAGUCAGCAAAGCGUUUCGGCUGCCUUCGCUAAAUGGGAGACCUUAGUAGAUGCAGAGUAAACUUCCGAGGCGAUAGACGCGGCCUUUCCAUUGCGCAAAAAGGGCAAUAGUUGGCAUUCCUUUGAGGCGCAAUGAUCCCCACACGCGGCCGCACAGCGACGAGUAGUACAGACAGAAUAAGAUUAUUGACAAAGAGAAGCGAGACUGGAGUGGCCGUCUCCGACUUAUUAGCCGUCGUCAGCCAGUCGAAAUAGCUAAUAUUCUCGAUCAGAAACGACAAGACAAUGGAUCUGCAGCUCAGUUCGUAGAGCUUUCAUGUCUAUAACCAAAGAUCCCCGGUUCAAAUCCCAAGCGUUCAAAACCUAGGGUUCGGUAAGGAUGACUGAUGACGGCUUACAAAUCAAAUAGGGCCACUGCAGUCGCCCUUGACUUUGUCGGUAGCACCUAAUCUACCCAUACAUAUAUACAUAUACAUAUGUGCGAUGCCUGUGAUGCCGUAUAUUGUGGCCAAGCGGGAAAAUUAACCUCUACACGCAUCCACGAUCAUCAACUGGCAGUUAAGAGGCGAGAUCACCUGUCUCAGAUGGCCAUGCACACCCUUGAUACUGGGCACACCUUCGCAUGGGACGAAACUCGCAUCAUCGCAGUUUGUCCAUCUAAAAAAAGGCCGAGGGUUUCUUGAAGCCAUGCAUCAAUAGGCACGUCGAGUUAGAUGUCACUUACAAAAUUCUCAGAGAAUAGUAGAAGAGGCGAAAGCCAAUCGAUGCAGACUGACGCACACGGCGGCCGCUUACCGGCUGAAAUCCAAAUAAAUCUUGGUUUCUCAGUACGUUUGAAAUGUUAAUUGUUUUUUGCACAUUUACUCAAGUCUGAGGACGACACGGGAACCGACUUCGAAAAUUUACUCAAUAAAGUUUUCUACUUUUCCCAGAGAACGUAUUUGCUUUUAAAUUAUAUUUUUAGGAUGCCUACGCUCCAAUUCAUACAUAUAUACAUAUGUGGCAAAGAUUCCAUACAAUACUCCCGACAUAGAUACUAUCCAAAAGCCAGACAUGUGUUUCGUCGAUAUUCUGCCGCUGCGUGACACAGCUUCGAUGGGUUCGGUUACUCAGUGGCGCCUCCAGCGUUCUCUGUGCGGCUUCUGGUAUAUGAAAUUCAGAGAAUAACCAAGUGGAUAAUUUCAGAAAUCAUUCAAUGCAGGGCAUGGAGUUAAGUCUCGGGGACAUGACUUGCGUUCUCAAGUCCCUAUGCAAACUUGUCGGUCGACUGGCGGUCUAGCGUGUGCCACACGCAAGUACCUGAAUGAGAUGUACUGGUAACUUGCACGUGAGUUAGUUACAUAGAAUUGGGAAAGGUCAUUCAUGUCAGAGCACUCUCUAUCCGAUCCGAGAAAGUAUGACAGUCCGCCCCCGCAUGAGACUGUCAGCCGGUCCCUGACAAGAACUGCCGCGUUGUGACUGGUGCACUCCGCCGGGGCCCCUGAGAGGGAUCUGCGAUUGGCACGAACUGUCGAACACUUCUUCGCAUUACUUCGGUAACUGAAAACGUGUUUUCUCUUUUUUUUCUUUUCGUGCUGACUGAGGAUAUUUGCGGACAAAGCAAUUACGCAGGAGAAACUGGAAGACUGCCCUGGACUCAAACAGCCAAAGAACCGAUAUCAGUGCGGAGAACUGACGUCAGCUCGCAUGAGGUCGCUGCUCAUUCAAAUGGAUCCAGCCACACACAUUAAAGUUCGAGAAGGCGAAAAUUCUGGCCAGAGGGGAUAAUCGCGUGAGCCACGAACUGCCUGACUCAUGGUUCACUGGCCCCCGGUCUACAGAUGCGCGCAGGCGAACACUGGUUACAAUUUUCAGUGGCAGUGGACCAGAUGGUCGAGUAAUAAUCGCGUCAACAUUCAACACGGGUGAUGAGAUUGCGAAGCCUGACGUCCCAAAUGCCGGUCAUCAUGCCAUUAUCGCACCGGCGGUCAAAAGACCUGAAAGCGUGUGCUAUUCCAGUAUCAGCAAAUCAUGGCCCUCGCAGCCUGGUAUGCGCUGGCACCUGGUUCGCUUGCGCUACCGUUAGGUACACAGGUGGUGGGCACGACUGCUUAGCCAUCCUCGUCUCUUUGGCUCCUGUUGGGGUGUUGUUGUUGGUGAAGAAUCCUGGUCAAGGGUAUGUUGUGGACCAGGGGGUGUGAUGGCACGCCUAGGUGCAGGUCCGGACGUGACAGCCACCUACACCCUCCCCCCUGCUCCCGGUCUUCUUGAAUUUGUUUUGACACCGGGUCCAGGUGAGGAGUGAGGAAGAGAGAGUGUGGUAGAUUCAGCGCAAGUCUACUACCACUAUAAAUUAAUUCACGCACAAGUCACCGCGCCUGGUGCACCUUUGUGUGUAGCACACAGUGGACAUCGUCGGAAUCGACGGUCGAACUGCCAUAGCAUCGACGGUAACCCGUCCUCGAUGAAGUGGGGGGGGGGGUGGGGUGGGGGAGCGGUUAGUCUUUAUAGGCAUGCAGUAGUAUAGCGACUGCAUCCUAUAAGUACUGCAAACCCCUGUGCAUGAAUUGCUCGUACCUGAUGAUGCCUCUGAUGAUGCGUCCGAGCAUGAAUCCGGAACGUCAGGCGAAUAAAGAUCCUGUUCCAGCGAUCGCAUCUACUUUUCCUCAACUAAAGCCGACGUUUAACGGCCACAGCCCCGAGGAAAAUGGGUUACUCGCAAUAUUUGCCCAAUUUAAUAUUAAUGGAAGCUGUACCUUGUGCCUACGUUGAACCACCAUAUUUGAGGUUUCUCGGCUAAAAAUUUCGUCAUUUGAAAACAAAAGUGCAAUCUCUCUCUCGCUCUCUAUCAUAACCACACAUUUUUUUGCCCACAUACGCACAGGUUUUGGUGGAAUUUACCGGCUACCCUCACACCCUGUCAUGUCCUCAGGCAAAUCAGUUUCGAGACGCUGCAGCGAUGCAUCUGGCAAGGCUUCCAAGAGGCAUUUACAGGGGUACAACAGUAGAAAGUGGGAAGUCCUCGCAAAAUAAUUCCUACUGCGCACUUUCAUGCGUUCGUAGGGGCAGAAAGUCAUGCGAAGUUAUCUCUCUCCAUCACACCAGACCACAUCAUAGCUGUUUUGGUCCAGCUUUCGUGUAUAGCUCCGGUGUCCUGAAUUUUUGUUUAUGCCUUAGUGCUUAUUUUUCUGACGGUCGUAGGCCUGUGUAGAGGUGUUUAUGCUCCUCAGUCGGUCAUGCGAAUACUCCCCCCCCCGUCUGUGUCAUUGACGUAGCGCUGCUCGCGUCUUCUCUACCCAAAAACAUCAUAAAAAAAAGAAAUUCGAUGACUCGGACUGUUGAUCUGCGAGUCUGAAGCCUAAUAAGAGGGUAGUUUGAUUUACGUGCGGAGGGCAUUUUCAUCCGUUUCAGGGGAUGACUCUUUCUUGGUUCUUUGAAGGAAAUUCGCAUUUGCUGCGCCCACCUACCUUUCCCUUCCCCGUACGCAGAUGAUGACUACUCAGCUACCAGCACUACCAGCGCAGUAAUGGCUGGGUGCACUAAACGCACUUUCCUUGUCGGCCAACCUCACGGAGUAAAGAAGCUUUCCGCGCUAAACAUAAGGUCAGGCGAGGAAGAUAAAUGAUUCCACCGUGCCUGCCCAGAGUAAAAAGUACUAGUCACUCGCCAGAAGUCCAAAAAAGCUUCGGCCUCCAAAGUACUGGUAGUUUAAGUGGUUGGUGCGGUGUUAACUCUUCCGAACGCAGAAAGUGAAGGUGAGAGGGUGAGACCCAACAAUCGAGUUGGGAAAGGACGCGAAUUGAUUCUAGGUUCGUCGUGACCGAGGGCACACAGUUAAUCGGCAGAGUGUUAUCCUAUGAAUCCGCCUCUACGCUGCGGCAUCAGUCAUCUAGAUAAACUGGUGAGAUAGCGCCCUGUAUUUAGUUAGGGGCAAGCCGUGCAAAUGUAAUAGGUCGAACCACGUAUCUGGUUCAGGUUGUGGCUGCUUCGUACGCCCCCUAGGUUGGCACUCAACUCUUACCUCUGGCUCCCCGUAGCAAGGCUCGGCCUAGCACCCGUGCCCCAUUAACCACCUCGACCGGCGGACUAAAUCAAGUAAGGGUAUCCGGUGUUGUGUGCGUGUGUGCCCAGUCCAGGUAAUUCUGCUUCCCCUCCCUUCCACUUCAAAAAGUCCUAUGGAGAGGGCAACAUGCGAUCCCGUAGGUAGAUCAAACUAACCUGAGUUGCUCUAAAACGAACAAAGCCAUGGCCCAUGGUGACGUUCGACAGUCGUCUGAGAAGGAAGGGGAGGGGACUGGAAAAGGUGCUCGAAACGAAUUUUGGGAAAUCAUGCCACCUACAUACUGUGGCUCGUAGAUGUGAAACUCGCGGUCAAGACAAGCAAACGAUAAACAAUAAUUCCCUCCUCUAAUCCCCAUCUCCCUCCAUCCCAACCCACAGACUACUAGGGUGAGUCAGUUCACUCCGGCAGCCUGGUACGAUCGUUAUCUUUUAGACCCUCCAAGGAGCACGCGGCUGCAAAGGAGGAUGCCAUUACUCACUCGAGGGCUGGCACGCUGCAAGGUGAACAUCGUCCCUCUCAGCUAGAUCCCACUCUCCGAACACGGCAGCUGGAGGAAGUGGGUACCGGCUACUCCCUAUUCUGGGGCGACUGCCUAAAGGCAGAGCACCGUGAUGCCGGAACGACAUCGUGUGACGACCCCUCUGUCUACCGCAGGGAAUUAACGAUCGUCUCAUUACCCUGCACCUGUCCCUUCGAUGAACCCAACUCGGCGACGUUGUCAGCGCCUAUGCCACACCCUCGCUCAAAUGAUCAGCUCUGACAAGGUGAGGAACAAGUUCUACGAAGACCUGCAGGCCCUCCUAAUGACUGUGCCGAAGGCGGACAAGCUGGACGCCCUUGGUGAAUUUAAUGUCAGCGUUGGGACAGAUCACGCAGUCUUGGAGGGAGUGCUGGGUCCCCGUGGACUCGGCGACUGCAGCGAUAACGGGCUCCUUCUUCUGCAAACCUGCGCGGAACAUCGCCUUCGGCUGACCAAUAUCUUCUUCUGCUUCCUGACAGGGGAGAAGCUAGCCUAG